CAUCUUCCGACGACGACAAGCUCGAGUGUCGGGAGCAGGAGGAAAUGGCGGAGGGGACGAAGCAGAUCCUGGCGAAGCCGAUCCAGCUGGCGGAUCAGGUGAGCAAGUCGGCUGGGAGUGCCCAGACCAACAAGCAGGAGUGCUUGGAGCUGAAGGCGCGGGCGGACAAGCUCGCGACCCUCCUCCGCCAGGCCGCCCGGGCCGAGCUCUACGAGCGCCCCGCCCGCCGCAUCAUGGAUGACACCGAGCAGGUCCUCGAUAAGGCCCUGGCCCUUGUCUACCGCUGCCGCAACCGCGUCCUCGUGCACCGCCUCUUCAGCAUCACCCCCGGUGCCGCCUUCUCCAAGAUGUUCAUCCAGAUCGACAACUCUGUGGCCGAUGUCUCCUGGCUCCUCCGCGUCUCCGCGCCCGCUGGAGACGACGAUGGCCUGCUCCACGGCCUGUGCCCCAUCGCCCAGAACGAGCCCAUCCUCACCCUCAUCUGGAGCAACAUCGCCACGCUCCACACCGGUCACUCGGACGCCCGAUCCGAGGCGGCCGCCGCCCUCGUCUCCCUCGCCUGCGACAACCAGCACUUCGCCAAGCUCAUCAUCGAAGAGGACGGCGUCGCGCCCCUCCUCCGCCUGCUCAAGGAGGGCAAGGCGGAGGGGCAGGAGAAUGCCGCCCGCGCACUCGGCCUCCUCGGCCGCGACCGGGAGAGCGUUGACUGCCUCGUCGCCGCUGGAGUCUGCUCCGCCUUCGGCAAGGUCCUCAAGGACGGGCCCAUGAAGGUCCAGGCCGUCGUCGCGUGGGCCGUCGCCGAGCUAGCCGCCAACAAUUCCAAGUGCCAGGACGUCUUCGCUAAGAACAACGUCGUCCGCCUCCUUGUCGGCCACCUCGCCUUCGAGACCAUCCAAGAACAUAGCAAGUACUCCGUGCCGUCCAAGGCCAUGUCCAUCCACUCCGUUGUACUAGCCAACAAGGCCGCCGCGUCCGAUUCCUCCUUCGACGACGCCAAGGACCGGUGUCUGCUCCCGCAUCCGGAAGGUCAGUCCAAAAGCUAUCAAUUCCACUCCGUCGUGCAGUCCACGGUGGCCUCCGCCAAGGUCAGUAGACUCGCCCUGAACUCAAACAGCGUCACCAGCACAACCGCGCCCUGGAAGCCCCAGCAGCAUUCUCUGUCGGGGUCCGGCAACAGGGCGAGGGAAAUGGAGGACCGGAGCACCAAGGCCAAGAUGAAGGCCAUGGCGGCCAAGGCCCUGUGGCAGCUCGCCAGGGGCAACGCCGACAUCUGCAGGAACCUCACCGAGUCCCGAGCCCUCCUCUGCUUCGCGGUGCUCCUGGAGAAAGGCACGGGAGAUGUUCGACACAAUUCCGCCAUGGCACUGAUGGAAAUCACCCGCGUGGCCGAGCACAACGCCGACCUCCGGCGCUCCGCAUUCAAGCCGAACUCGCCAGCGUGCAAGGCGGUCAUCGACCAGCUCUUACACAUCGUCGAGAAGGGGGAGCACGACGACCUGCUGGUACCCAGCGUGACGGCCCUGGGCUGCCUGUCGAGGACGUUCCGGGCGACCGAGUCCCGGGUGAUCGCUCCGCUGGUGCGCCUGCUCGACGAGACGGAAGCGACGGUGAUGAGCGAGGCGGUGGCGGCGCUGACCAAGUUCGCGUGCACCGAGAACUACCUGCACGUCAACCACUCGCAGGCCAUCAUCGAGGCCGGAGGGGCGAGGCACCUGAUCCAGCUGGUGUACCUGGGGGAGCAGGUGCAGGUCGAGGCGUUGGUCCUGCUGUGCUACAUUGCCAUGCACGUGCCCGACAGCCAGGAGCUGGCGGACGCCGAGGUGCUCAACACGCUGUCGUGGGCAUCGAAGCAAGCGCACCUGGUGCAGGACUGGAGGGCGGACGAGCUGUUGCCGGAGGCCAAGGCGAGGUUGGAGCUGUACCAGAUGAGAAAGCUGUAGGUGUAAACCACAUCCCCAGCUUCAUUCAGAUAAUGCUGUGUAUACAUCCAAUUUCUCCUGCUUUUUUUUUUCCCUGAUUUAAAUUUAAGGUUUCAGCAACAAAUUUGCAGUUGUAGUGUCAUUAGAGAAUGCUUGAGAUGAUCUAUGGAUAGAAAACAUUUUUAUUUCCAGGGCUCCCAUCUAUAUGGGAUCUGAAGACAACUUAGAAAUGAUCUCCUUUCCUCGUCUUGUUUCAGUACAUUGUACCUUCAUUUAGAUACAUCUCUCCUAGUUUAUAUCUCCAUUUAUGGUCCAAAGCAAUUGCAACUCUGAUGACAUUUUUGGCUAAUGAGAAUAAAAGGUCUCUGACAAUGAUUGAUCAUUUAA